ACUGCGUCUGCAUUUCAGAUUGUUAGCCUUUUGCUGAUGUACAGAUCUAUUGAUGUUAAUGUCAUAAAUAAUCAACGUGAAACUGCAAUGGACAUAGCCGACAAACUCCAAUAUGGAGCAUCAGCUUUGGAAAUCAAGGAAGCUCUAGUAGAGGCUGGUGCCAAGUAUGCCAGGCAUGUUGGCCAAGUUGAUGAAGCGAUGGAACUCAAAAGAACUGUAAGUGAUAUUAAGCAUGAAGUGCACUCCCAACUCAUACAGAAUGAGAAAACCCAGAGACGAGUUUCUGGUAUUGCCAAAGAGCUUAAGAAAAUUCAUAGAGAAGCAGUUCAAAAUACCACAAAUUCCGUGACAGUGGUUGCCGUUCUUUUUGCCUCCAUAGCUUUUCUCGCUAUAUUCAACUUGCCUGGUCUAUACGUGACAGAUGGACCAGAAGCUGGGAAAGCCCUUAUUUCGAACACUACAGCAUUUCGAGUUUUCUGCCUUCUUGAUUCCACGGCCUUGUUCAUUUCUCUAGCUGUUGUCGUCGUUCAGAUUACCCUUGUUGCCUGGGACACGAGAGCUCAAAAACAAGUCGUCUCAGUUGUGAACAAACUAAUGUGGGCUGCGUGCAUUAGCACGUGUGGGGCGUUCUUAGCGAUAGCAUUUGUGGUUGUAGGGAAGAAAAGCUCGUGGAUGGCUAUUACUAUUACUGUAUUGGGUGCACCUAUUCUAGUCGGGACUCUGAUUAGUUUGUGCUACUUUGUCUUCCGACAACAUUUUGGAACUUUUGGUAGCGAUUCUCAGAGGCGCAUCAAACGUGCGGGUGGAAGCAAAUCUUUCUCGUGGUCAUAUUCGGCAAAUAUUUCUGAUUUGGAUGACUACAACUCUGAUGAGAAAAUUUACGCCCUGUGAAAUUUUACGUGCAAUUAUCCCACUGUCAUAGAUCUAUUCUGUAUGGACUUGUUCAUCAUUCCAUGCAGUACAAGUAUGUAUAUCAUAAAGUGCACGAACUUCUGUUACGAGGAUCUAUUUGUUCUGAUCAUUGAUUGGCGAUGAAUAUAUAGUAAUAACUCAAUGUAUGUGCAAGAUAAAUUCAGUAUUUUGAGGAUGUGGAAAACUUUGUUUUCACUUUUUGCA